AUGACGGGCUGUGCUGGGGCCGCUUCUGUGCCUGCCGGGGUUGUGGAUCACCGGCUGCCGCCCCGGGGCCGCCGAAUCUCCUCAUCCCACAUCACUUCUGCUUUGUCCCUGUUCGGAAAGUCGCAGGGACUCCGUUGCCCUUUUCGUUCCCCCCUCUGUUGGCUAAAUCAACUUGGUAACUAUUCUUAUUUCCCCCUUUUUCCUCCCAAAGAUGGCCUCGACACCAACAGCCACCCGGGUGAACCUCAGGGCUACCAGCCCUACGAGCACAGCAAGCAGGACAACGAAUCCGGCUACGAGAGGCGGCCCUUGGACCCCGAGCACCCGUCACUGCACCCAGAGAUGAAGCCAGAUCCCAAACCCGAAGACCCCGCUCCCGCCUACACCGUGCCGCCCCCCAACUACAACACCCCCCCCGCAAGAUAUUAG